CACAUGAGCUCACAUUAGCAUGUAACGACUUAUUCAUCAAUGGAGACACGUGUGUGGUUGUGACUCCACCUCCUCCACCCAACCCACCCCCUCCUAAGGUGACCAAUGAGGGCUUUCUCUCUCUAACUGUGCAGCAGCUGUACAACCUGCAUUCCCACCUGCUCAACAUCGCCCCUACAGGUCUGGUGUCCAGUGGCAUUUUGUGUGAGGCUCUGACUCUCUGUGGAGCUUCAGAUGUUUUGUGUGAAGACUCACAGGACUGUGGGAUGGUGGACUGGCGUCAGGUACUGUUGAGUGCCGCUCGUCCGUGGCCACUCCCCUCACAGACACAACUAAUAAAGACACUCACACACUUCAGAGAGAUCGAUACAGCAGGGGGCGGAGUCAUCACACUGCAGCAGUACCUACAGGUGGAGUUGUGGUUUCCCACUCAGAGAGAACUUCCUGUUCCUGAUGGUUCACCUGAACCUCAACUGUACGACAGACUGACCAACCUCAGAAAGUUCUUCUUCACUCUGUUCUCAGACUCCGCCCACUCUCUACCUGUGUGUGAUUAUAUGAACAUGCUGCUGUAUUUCUGCGCUCAUCCUGAUCCAGCACGCGGCUUCACUAGAGCCCUGAGCCUAGUGACCCAACACACAUUGCGAUAUACACACACACCACCCACGGGCCUGCUGCAGUCCUACGUCGCAGGUGAUGUGUGUGAUGAGGAAGAGGAGGAGGAGUUUGAGGAUGAUGAAGCUGGUGUGUCGAUAGAUGAUGUACUCAGAGUUGUGAGAGGAGCUCGAGUCUCAGCUCAACAACACACUAAAGCUCAGAAUACAGAGGAGUUGCAACAGGAUCUAGUGGAGGUAUUUAAAGGUCUCGGCUUUAAGCCGGAAGAGAAGAUACCAUUCCAUUUACUGUCUCAGCAAACUGUUCUACAAGAGAUGAUGAACUCAUCACAGUACCUGCUGGCAGACUUUUCCAGAAUUCUGGAGAUCCAGCAGGAUUCAUCAGCAGAAGAUCCUGUAAGUGAAAUGGCAUCUAACGCCUCACCAAAAGUGGAAUAACUCCACCCUCCACCCACUCCGCCUUGCUGAGAGAAGUUAACACCCUGCUCACUCCCAGCCUCCACCCCGUUCCACUGGACCCUCCGUCCCCCAUCACUCUGCUCAUCUCAGAGACCUCCUGACUGGGAUUUUUCUUGCUGGACUGAAUCCCUCUGUAACAGGAAGAGGAACGGUCUCCAGCUGCUGCCCAGUCUGCUACACUGCUGUGGAUAAGAGCGUCUGCUAAAUGCCUGUAAUUUACAAAUAUAAGUGACUAGACUGGAAGAUUUCAGCGUGUGUGGUGCAGGCUGCUGUGUUUUAUGAAAAGUCAGUGGAUUUCUUACAGAACAUUAAAUGGCUUGAUCUUCAA